AUGCGACUCUCGUCUGGAUUUCUGUCGCUGUUCCUAGUUUGUCCUAUCUUCGCCACGAACAUUGAUGGAAUAAGACCGCGUCAGAGUAAUGAGACGGAGUACAAACUCGGAAAAAUCACUCUCGAUACUCCAUGGACUGCUUCUGUCGGUACAAAUCCUUGGCCUGAACAUCCACGACCCCGCCUGCAACGUGCGUUAUGGAAAAAUCUAAAUGGCGUCUGGAGGUUUCGUAAUGCCACCAAGGGCGAUGACAGUGCUCCUCCCUUUGGGCAGACACUCGAGAGGGCGGUUCUUAUCCCAUCAUGUCUUGAAAGCGCACUUUCAGGAAUUACCGAAUUACGACAUACGUACAGUUGGUUUCAGACAUCUUUUGACAUACCAUCCGACUGGCAGCGGGACAAUCGCGUUGUGCUGAACUUCGGAGCGGUAGACUACCAAGCAAGUGUUUUUGUCAACGGACAACAAGCAGGCACCCAUACAGGCGGAUACUUUGAAUUCAGCUUCGAUGUGACCAAUUACCUGUCGGCCAACGGUACAAAUGAACUACUCGUCCACGUUUAUGACCCAACAGAUAUGGACAGAGUGCAGAUUCCUAUCGGGAAGCAAACUUUGGGACGGGACGGCAACUCAAUCUGGUAUACGCCCUGUACUGGUAUUUGGCAGACCGUUUGGCUCGAAUCAACACCCUCGGAGUACGUUUCGAAACUGGACCUGAACGCUGAAAUGGAUGGGACUGUCAACAUGACAGUGCACAGCAGCACAAAUUCAACCAAUACUCCAUUCCAAAUCUCCUUCCUGGAGCCAGAUUCAGACGAAGUCAAGUUCACUACCGUGGGAAUCAGCGGCAAGCCAUUCAUCUUCAAGGUCGAUGCGCCCGAGCUUUGGACACCGGACACUCCAACUCUGUACAACAUCUCCAUCAGCUUCGGGGGUGAUGCAAGUGACGAGAUCCAGAGCUACACCGGCUUCAGAACCAUCUCGAGAGGCGAAAUCGACGGCGUGCAACGACCGCUGCUGAACGGAGAGUUUGUCUUCCCCUUCGGCCCGCUAGACCAAGGGUUCUGGCCGGAUGGAAUCUACACCCCUCCAAGCGUGGAGGCCAUGGUCUUUGAUUUGCAGCAGCUGAAGGAAGUCGGUAUCAACAUGGUCCGCAAGCACAUCAAGGUCGAGCCUGCGCUGUACUACAGAGCUUGCGACGAGAUGGGUCUGUUGAUCAUCCAGGACAUGCCUUCAUUACGCCCCGAUCUGCCCGCCACGAGUGGAUGCGGAACCAUCCGGCUAGAAGGCGACGCCGAGCAGAAAGAGUUCAACAGACAACUAGGCGUGUUGGUCGAGCAACUGAAGAACUACCCCAGUAUCUUCGCAUGGACAAUCUACAACGAAGAAUGGGGACAGUCUACUGUUGCGCCAUGGCCUGAGUUCGGAUUAACGGAUAUGGUCCGCUCGCUGGACCCGACGCGUCUGGUGAAUGCUGUUAGUGGAUGGACAGACCACACCGCAGGGGAUUUUGAUGACAACCACCACUACUCCACCCCCCAAUGCGGAACCCCCUUCUGGUCAACCCAAGGCUCAGGCUACGACUCCGCCUACGACCCCUCCCGCAUCGGCCUCCAAGGCGAAUUCGGCGGCAUAGGCCAGUACGUCGCGCCCGCCAACUCAUGGUUCAAAUCCCCCUCCCAGCAAUCCGCCUACGAACUCACAAACACAACCGCAAUCUGGAAUUACAGAUGCAUCGACCUCCUCCGCCAACUUCGCGAGCAGGUCGAGCUUUUCGCGUGCUCGGGCGGCGUGUGGACGCAGACGACGGAUGUGGAGGGCGAGGUUAAUGGGUUGAUGACGUAUGAUCGGAGGGUUAAUCGCAUGGAUAGGGGGUUGUGGAGGGAGGGGGUGGGGGCGUUGAGGGAUGCGGCGAGGGGGAGGGCGGGGAAUGGGACGCUGGGGGUGGCAACGGGGGUGGAGGUUGUGGGGUUGGAUGUUAGGGGGCAGGGGGUGUUGCCGUGA